AUUUUAAAUGGAUUUUUCCGUAUGAAUCAAGAUCACCUCAUUAUGGAGAGAUGCUGUCAUCUACGCCCCGCCCCCUUUAUAUGUUUCCAUGGGACCUUCACACCCUCGCGCCGCAUUCACGUCAUAUCCAGAAACCGUUGUCCCCCUACCCGUCUGUCAGUUACAAACAGGUGUCGUUUGUUUCUUUCCAUCAAAAGAAGACAACCCGAGAAACUAAAACCACAUAAGACCGGAGGAGCAUCACUGACAGAGACAAAAGAAGGUAAGCUUACACCAAGUACCUGCACCGGUAUUGUUUAAGCAAAAUUAAAUAUACGUGUUAUUCGUUGGCGCCCGUCGUGUAACCGUCCGUCUCUCAUUGUGUAGAAACUGUAACACCGUGUGCUUUCCAUCAUUAAUUAUUACACUUGUUUGUGGCCAGCCUGCUCUGACAGCGCCAUCUUUAGAGAGAAUAAGGACAGGGGAAUGGUACGGCUCAUAUUAAAGUGACAGAUCUUGACAGUUCAAGGUCGGUAUUAUUGUUAUUGAACACGACUGUAUUUGCUGAAGUAUCCGUGUUAUUGCUGCUCUGCUCGACGUUAGUUCCUCAUCAUUGUUCCCCACCAUCCCCGUCCUGAGGUCUGCUGUCCUGUGACUGCCACACCUGUUUUCUGUUUAUCCUAACACUGACUUUCCUCCAGAGAAAAGAAAGAGAAAUUACAAAAAUUAACACUCAAAUUAUUUGUUUCACAUUGGUACUAAAGCUUUUAUCUAACUUUAAAAUUAUAAACGCUCACCUUUUUGGUUAUUGUAAAUUGUAGUGAUGAAACUUAACAAUAAUGUCUGAUAUUAAAGAAAAUAACGAUAUCAAAUAACUGUUAAUCAUUCCUGCUAAUCUGUUUAUAAUAAUCCAGCUUUAAAGUAAGAAUAAGAAUAAUUUCAAUGAUUUCAAUGAUUCUUAAACAUUAAAGUGACUGCUGUAUUGGUGAACUUAAAGUCAAAACCUUUUGCGUCAGAUGAAUUUGUUUAUCAUGUAAAUACACCGACCGUCCAUAACAUUAUAAAACCAUGACAAUCUAAUGCAACCCAGUACAACAGCUCCACCCAAAAUUCUGCCUUCAGGAAGCUUCUAAAUGGUCAGGUUUUCUUGCAUGAUCAGACGGAGGAUUAUUGUACUGAAUAUUACUGAAGACAAAGUGGGUACUGAUGUACUAGAGUUUUUUGUUUUUUUACUGAAAUGUGCUACCUAUUUUUAUUUCACUUUAUUGACAAACACAAGUGGACAGAACAUAAGGAACACCUUUCAAUAUAACUCACUCAAAUACACCACCUUCCCACAACAACUUCCACACGCGAUUUAAUGAAUAAUCAUCACCUGCCUGUUUGUGUCAACAAAAUCUGAAAGUACAGAAGCUUUGUACAUCUGGAAUUAAAUGAAGAGGUGUUGCAUGAGAUUGCCCCGGUGUUAAUAAUGUUGUGACUGGCCCUUGUGUGCCAACCAUAGACCGUACUAUUACUAUUACUAUACUAUUCUAUAUACAGUCUAUGGUGCCAACCUUUAAGUGUUUCUUUUUUAAAUAACAACAAAAAAAAAAACGUAUAAUUUACUUUGGUAUUAGAGCUGAGACAUUACUAAAAAGUUAUGAAAAGUGCUUAAUAUAACGCAUUGUUAGAGUAAUGCACCACUUUGUAUUGAAAUUAAAGAGCAGUAGCUAAGAAAAUGUGUCGUUUCAUAUGAUUGAGAAGAAAUAUGUAUCAUCAUAUCAUAUUAUAUCAUAUUAUAUACCGAAGUAUAUUAAGUGCAACUAAAUUUGUGUGAAUUUGUUCAAAGUUAUGUGCUUCACUGAUGUAAGAAAAAAGUUUUUCACUGUUUUCCCUUUCCCUUCUUCGUUCCCUCCCACAGAGCAAAGAUGAAGCUGACUUCCCUCUCUGUUUACCUGUCACUUCUUUUGUUGUGUACCCACUUUUCCCUUGCAAAGAGAGGAGGAGGCGGGGGCUUUGGCAAAAGUGGCAGCUCUGGGAGAAGUGGCGGCUCAAAGACAACCUCCUGGUUCAGCAAAAGCAAUACCCCAACCAAAACUAACACAGGCCAGAAAACUAAUCAGGGCUCUAACACUCAUGGCAGAGGCUCAAAUCAGCCUGGAGAUUACCCCCGUCAGCCAGGAGGGUAUCCUGUGCAGGGUUCCCCUUAUGGUGGGGGUUACGGGGGCUAUGGUUCUCAUGGCGGUUAUGGAGGUCAUGGUGGAUAUGGUAGUCAUGGUGGUUAUGGAGGUCAUGGCAGUCAUGGUGGUUAUGGGGGUUAUGGAGGCUAUGGAGGUGGAUAUAUCAACCACAAUCCAAACAACAAAGUCCUUAGCCCUCGUUAUGGUGGCAGCUUUGGCUAUGGGGGCUACAGGCCUAGGGGUGGCUCUCCCUUUUCCCAGUCAGUUCAGCAAAUGGGCAUGUAUCCUGAUGAACGGUCCAGAGGGUUUGGGCGCAGUGCUGUUGUGGCAGCAGCUGGAGGCGCUGUGGCAGGAAUGGCCGUGGGUUACGGUAUCGGAAGAUUUCCCCGUCCCCCCUUCCAUUUUCGCAACCCUCAGGAGGAGCAUUACUACAACCACUACAUGUACAGGAGAUAUGGUACAAAAUCAACCGAUACAAAUGACUACAGCAGAGACUACAAGUACACUGACCCCCCUGAAUCCUAUAACAACUACAUGGACUCCUGCAUGAAGAGAAAAGACCUAAUUCGUUCAGAAAAUCCAAAACCAAACAAAAAACCAGCUGUCACAACUCCAGAUUCUGUCAAAGUCAUCAGUGUGACAGAAACAAACAAGACUGCAACAGAAAAUUCUUCAACCUCUGCUCCUUCUUCUCAUCCCCCCGUGAAUCAGCCUGAACCCAAUCCUGAAGAUGAAGAUGACACAGUCAGCAUCGCAGAGAUCGGAUACCCGGCACUGAUUCAGCAGAUACAGGCCCAAAGGUGCAUGGAGCUUUACAUGGUUUACUCUGAGAAGUACAUAGUUCAAAAUACUGGAGGUGCUCAAGGACUAGAGAUGGGAUGGCGAGGGCUUUUAGCUGUGUUAACAAGUACCAUACUGAUGCUACUAAAUAGCAACAUGCUGAUGCUGCACUGAGGUCGGUAAAACUGAGUAAGAAUUGACCAUUGAUGAUUGUUCACCAAUAGAAAAAUGGAGAGCAUGAGAGUAACCUACGGUCUUUACAGGAUAGUAUUCAUUCACCGUAUUUACAUGGCAGCCAAUACAACUUCAGGCUGGGAUACUCAGACACAGUUGUGAUAAUGUGCUGCUGUGUCAGUGACGGUUGAUAUUAUUUCCUCAACCCCCCUCUUUUAUUAUCAAAGGGAAAAUAUAGAUUCACAUUUGACACAUUCUGAUCAUGUAAAACAACACAUUUGAUGACCUCUCAGCUACCUUUAAACAACAGAUUACAUUAGCAUUUAACUAAUUCACACUUGCACUAAGUUUGCUGUCUUUCAACCAGUAAAACACCUUGCCCGUUGUAUUACCGUGAUUUACCUAAUGACAAUUUAAACUCUCAGCCACAUGUUAUGGUAAUAUUAGUCAGGAUGUAGGUCAAAGUAUUCUAUUGUUAGCUGUAAUCUGAUUUUACAUACUAGGUCAUGAAAUCUGUUAUAAGAAAUAUAAUUAUGUUUCUCCAGAUUUUCUCUGCCCAUUGUGUUUUUAUUUGCAGAACACGGUUUUAAAAUGAAAGUAACCUGACACAUGCUUGACUUCCAACUGAAACAACAUUAUUGUCUCAUUUUAACAGCAUUUAAGCCUGCUACAUAAGAGGACAGUUUCCUUUAUUUGACAGCAGUGAACUGUGUGAAUUUCUGCUAUUUUAUGUUAUAGUAAGACCAAUGCAGUUUAUCCUCCUUUGUGUGCUUGACGGGCACCACACAGCUGAUACAGACUGUUUGAAAUAUUUAUUUAGGCCAAGGAAAAGUAAGGGUGUGUGACUAGAGAGCCACAGUGUUUCAAUUAAUUGCACUUCCUCUUCCCUCUUGUGAAAGAUGGAGUGUCCAUUAACUUUUAGUGUAACAUUUUAAAUAAAUGAGUGUUCCGUCCAUUAGUGACCUUGCAGAUUCAAAAGAACAUCCUCCUCAGUCUGCUGGACGCUGUGUUUGUUUAAGCGAUGUGUGUUAAUUCAGGGAAACUGGAAUGGUUCUUUGGUUUUAUCCACUGUCUCUUUUGUCUUUGUCACAGGGCCAAUACAGUCCACUUAAUGUUGCAGUUUAUGUUUUAAAGGGCUGUCUCAUUCUUGGACAUAUAAUUCAGUCACAGAACAGUAAAUAGUAAUCCUUAACUAUCAAUAAAUACUUGUGUAAUAAUCAUAUCAAUCUGCUACUAAUCAUAGUGCUUUGGACCAAGUAACUUAACACUUUAAGCAUGAUAGAGUCAAUAUCCUUAUAUUAGGUCCAGUGAUUUUUGCAUAUCUGAAAAUAUAAAUGGAUCUCUGUCAUAUGAAGUCCAUUCAGCCACAGAAACUUGAACAUGAAAAGCAUAUAUCUGCUGGUGCUUUUGGUCUAUAUAGAAAACAGAUAACAUGCAUGUCAAUCCUAACACUCCUCACGUUGUUCACCAAAUGCAAAGCAAAGUGUGCCUGUCCUGAAUGAUCGUGUGUUGUGUCUUAACAUUUCCUCGUGUACUGCCAUUCUCUGUAGUGUGAUGUCUAUUUUGUGAUAAUUCCUCUGAUAUAUGUGCCUGCAUUCUCUCUCAUAUCUGAUGUAUUGCCUAACUCUCUCCUGUCUGGGUAAGCUUGUGAUUGCUAAAGUGCUCUUAAUACAUAACCCCACCCUCAUGUGGAUGUACUAACUCUGAGCUGAAUUAAUCUCCAAGACCUACUGAAUGUUUUCCUGUAUCAUCAGGGACCUGUGCUCAAGUUUCUCUUAUCGCAAAAGCAGAUGUUGAAACAAUUUAAAGGUACUCUCUGGAGUUUGGAAACUAAUUAAUAUGAAAGAUCUUUUGAUAAAACCCACUGUACACAGUUAACAGACAUCUCUUUUCUCAUUAUUUCUCUGACACUGCCAUAUUCAAGACCCAGUUUUUAAAAACGGUGAUAAGGGAUGCCUUUGUCUUUUUGAUUAAGCCCCCAUGGCCAACAUUUUGUAGCCAUUUUUAAACCCCACUUUGCACUCAAAAGAUCCACAUAUUCCCAUUUGAUUUAUCCAUCUAUUGAUUCCCAUUUCACUGGCAAUCACACCAGUAAAAAAAAAUAAACCAUAUAAGUUGAUUGCAGAACCAUCUCUGACCACUGGUGGAAAAACCCCCACAGUGAACCUUUAACCUGUUGUUACAUGUUGUAGCAUUUGUCUCCUGUGUCUGUCUUUGAAUGUAUUUACAAAAGUAUGUAUCGCUUUGAAAGACAUGAAUGCCUUUACCUUUGUAUAUCACAUUUACUGUUUGCUGGAGCUCGUGCUGAAUACUGAAGGUCAACUUGCACUUUUUGGAUGUCUUGUCAAAUAAACAUUCAAACUUAAACUAAUUCUAUUUGUAAAUAUAUUUUCACCAUCACCAUUUAAAUACUAUAACAACACACCUAAGUGAAUUAACCACAUAGAAAUUACUGCAAUUUCUUGGGCUCAAAUAAUUAGUCUGGAGGAGUUUAAUAUAAAGUUGGUCUGACUGUUAAUUAAUUCAAAUUUUAUGUGUUUGAAUGUCAAACUUUUUCUGUGUGUACUCAUAGAGCCAUGAAUGACUUGGUUUUAUACCGCUAAAACUUGAAGUAAAAUGGAGAGUGACAAGCUGUGAGAAGAAAUAUCAAGUGUGUUGUGGCAACACCUCGUGUAAAGACAGGAGUACAGCUUUCCUCUGACAGCCAGUUACAUAACGAUGAACGAUCCCUUGUUUUAGGCAAGUCUUAGGCCUGUUACCUCAUGAGGUACCCUAAGUACUGAGAUACCUCAGUUUUGGGAUCCCAGCUGUACACCUGAGCCCUGGUGUGAUCUGAUCAGCUGUGAUCUCAUGAGGCUAAUGCUAUGUGUGAGUCUGUUUGGUGUCAGCUAACAGGCUGAGUCAUGCAGCACCCCCACAACCUGCUAAUGCAAUUUGACAAUUAAAUCGUAUUAAGAAGCUUCGCGCAUAAACUGCUAAGUCUGUGCAACCUGAUAUCACAAGAUGCUGUGUUUGGUGAGAACAUACCACGUUACCAUACCUUGGAAAGUGAUAGCUUUUUCUUUUGGUUCACUGUAUAUUUGAUGAUUAUUUAUAAGUGCUAUAUUGAUUGCAAUGCUGCUAGGCAAUAACUAUAGAGUCUAUCAUUGUAACAGUAUUAUCAAUUUUAGCAAUUUGAUGACCAGAACUGUAUUUCUAAUAAGUUUUUUUCUAUUCAAACUGAUUACUGUGAGGUAUGCUUAUAACUGCAACAGAAACAUUUUACUAACAGUCAGGACACAUUUUUCUACAAGAGGCCAGUACUCUUUAUUUUUUUUCCUCAAAACUCAUGUACUGUCACUAAAAGUCCGAGACUUCAUUUGCAUCAAGGUAUUUCCUUGUUAUAGAACAAGCGGUUUUCAGCAUAGCUCUUUGGUCACAAUUGCAAAAUAAAAACUAUAUCUCAACAACAUUUGCAUGGACUGUUAUCAUGUUAUAUCUAGACCCUCAUGUUCUUAAAAUAAACUGUUCAACCUUU